ACAGGAAAGUGAAAAUUCACGAGAUACACAGACACCGUGAAAUACGUUUAGGGUUUAGCUCCGCUGCAAAGCCCUUAACAUUCAUUCCCCUACUAUGUACGGUGGUCUGAGACCAUGCCGGUGAACGGAAACUGUAAGACUCAGUUGCAGUGAUUUGCAAAUUCGAAUUCAUCUUCUAGACUUCUAAGAUGGUCGAUACGAUUAGCAUUUUACCAGAUUCAAUUCUCUGUGACAUUCUUUCCUUUCUCCCAACCAAGCAAGCCGUUGCAACCAGCGUUCUCUCGAAGCGGUGGAAGCCUCUAUGGCUUUCAGUCCCAACUCUCGACUUCGACCAUGUUCUACUCUACAACAAUGAGGACUCUGCUCGCUUUGUUCAGUCCGUAUAUGCAGUCAUCCUCUUCCGAGAUCAACACCAACCUAUCCACAAAUUCCGCCUCAACUGUGCCAAUUGUGAUCAUCUUGAUGUUGUCAAUGUCAACGCAUGGCUUCAUGCUGCGGUGCAACGCCGAAUUCACCACCUAGAUAUCUCCCUCAGCUUUGAUCAACCAAAAUCGUUCAUCUCCCCCGUCAUCUUCAGUUGCAAAACUCUCGUGGUUCUCAAGUUGCAGGGGGUAACAUUGAAACCUCUUGACUCCACUGUUGAUCUUCCAUUGCUUAAAAUCCUGCAUCUACAACAAGUGUUUUUCAAAAAUCGCGGAUGUCUCGCCGAGCUUCUUACCGGGUGCCCUGUCCUUGAGGAUUUCAAAGCAGAUAAUUAUGGUUCUGCUACUCAGGUCACCACUAGUAAGGAGUUUCAAACUUUGCCCAAGUUGGUCAGAGCUGAAAUUUCAGUUAUACCUGCACCUUCGCUCAUGAUUGUGGUUAACAAUGUCAAGUUUUUGCACUUACACUGGUUUGGUGGUUGGAUUUGGAAACUCUAUUGCCACGGUCGAGACAAAUACCUCCAGUUUUUCUCUAUGUUUCACAAUUUAACCCGUCUUGAGCUUUCCUAUUUGCAUUGUUAUAACGAUGGGUAUCAGGUAGUGGAAUUUCUCAUGAAUUGCCCUAAGCUUCAAGUUCUUGUCAUUAACCAGCCACAUUAUGAAAAAUGUGCGUGUGAUGGAAUUGAAGAAGUAGGAGAUUUGCAAUACCCUUCAUCAGUUCCUGAAUGCAUUCUAUUACACCUUAUAAGUUGCUGUUUAAAUGAUUAUAGAGGCAACAAAGGUGAGUUUCAAUUUGCAAGAUAUAUUCUCCAGAAUGGAAGAUUGUUAGAGAGGAUGACAAUAUGUAGUGAUUCUACAGUAAAUCGACAGAGAAAGCAUAAGAAUUUUAAACAAUUAUCCUCCUGCACGAGGCAUUCCGCCACUUGUAAACUUUCCCUUAAAUGAUUACAAACUACAUUUUGUAGCUGCAAGUAGUUUCUUCCUUUUAAUUAGUUGCUAUCUACAUAUGAACCUUGUCUUAAUUUGAUCAUCGAACUUGUUCUUUACUGAUGAUUAAUUGCAAAUUAAAGAUGUUGAGCUCUAGAUUGAGGUUAUUGUAUGUCAAA